AUGCUUGUCGCCAAGACAUACGUACCGUCGAUCGUGCUCAAGCAUACCACUUUUACGCAGACAGCAGCAGCAGUCAUUUUCAAGCGAGACUGCAUUUUCCCACUUCAGUCCUUUGUUUCCGGCAAGAGCCUUCGCUCCGCCGCGAAGCUUCCUUCCGUCGUUAGCGCUGCUAGACUCGUGUGCGACGCUAGGGAGAACAAGGCCGUCGCCAGCCACGCGACGAUCUCGUCCGCUGCGUCGUCCGUCGUUGAGGGUAUCUUCGGCGAGAAGGCGACGAGGCAGAUGCACCACGCUGCGAUCAUCGCGAUGAAUGCGAUGAUCGCCAUGCCAGCGUUCGCCGAGGAGGAGAAGGGAAAGAUCUUUGACUUCAACCUGACCCUCCCCAUCAUUGUCGUCCAGUUCCUCCUCCUCAUGGUUGCCCUCGAUACCAUCUGGUUCAAGCCCGUCUCCACCGUCAUGGAUUCCCGCGACGAGGAAAUCAGGAAGAAGCUUAUUGGUGUCAGGGAUAACUCCGGCGAGAUUAAGGACCUGCAGAGCCAGGCCGAGGCGUUGAUUAAGGCGGCUCGCGCGGAGGCGUCAGGGCAAAUGAACGCGAUGAAGAAGGAGGUGGCUGCUGAGCUGGACGCGAAGCUGCAGGCGUACCGCGCGCGCAUCGAGAAGGAGCUCGAGUCGUCGCUCGCGAACCUGGAGACACAGAAGGAGUCGACCCUCAAGAGCCUCGACUCGCAGGUUGCCGCUCUCAGCGACGAGAUCGUGAACAAGGUCAUCCCCUUCAAGGCUUAG